CCUCCUGGAGCUUUUCCGCUCAGAGGAACACACGCAACGCCGAGGGUGGGGCGGUCCUGACUGGUACAGUCAUUUUUUGUCAUUUUAAACACUAGCAACCGAGCUAACUGCUUCCCCGUCUCCUUCGACUACACACGGCUUCGGGUGUAACCGCGACGGCAGUCCGAGCCCCGCCGACUCGGGUAACAGGAUGCCGGUGAAAGGAGGAGGAAGGCUCGUCUCCUACCCGAGCAGGAGCGACAACGUCGGAGAAGUGGAAGAGCGCUCUUAAAGCGUUACAUCUCACCACAGGAUUGGGGCAGAAGGAGAUGUUAUUUUUAGUCUCCCCUCCCUCCAGGGGCGAGACUAAUCUACCGCUGUUGGAGCUUAUCCAGAUUGGAGUUGGAACACUGAGGCAGAAAGGCUGACAACUGGACACCUUUGGGAAGCUUCCGUUCCUUGUCAUGUCGUCAGACCUCCUCAAACUGAGACGGCUCAUGCUGAACUGGCAGGACUGGGAUCUAGCCGUAGCUGUGGGUUCGUAGGGUCAAAGGCGCUGUGAAGCUAUGAGUUUGGAUUGGCUGCAGACGAGCUGCUGCCCAGGUUACCCCAGCUGGCACCGGCACAAAGAGACUGAAAUGGGCAAAACCUGGGACUCAACUGUCCACAAUGAAGGUGGAAGCAGCUGCAGCCAAGACUGUGGCAAUAUCCAACUGAGUGGACUUAACACUGAAGAGCUGAAAGGCAGUUUGGUGGUCCUCUACGCACCUGGUGGGAAAUCCUGUCUGCUCAAAUUGAGCUCAGGAAUGGAAGAGAUGGUAUGGGAGCAGUACACGGUAUCUUUGCAGCGGGACUCAAAGAUGGGUUUUGGCAUUGCGGUGUCAGGUGGGCGUGACAACCCAAAUGUGGACAAUGGUGAGACGUCAAUCAUUGUGUCAGAUGUGCUAAAGGCUGGACCUGCAGAUGGAUUGCUCUUUGAAAAUGAUCGUGUCAUUCAAGUCAACUCAGUUGCCAUGGACAAUGUGCCUCAUUCCUUUGCUGUGCAGUCACUCCGUAAAUGUGGCAAAGUGGCUAAAAUAACAGUGAAGAGACCUCGUAAGGUUGCGAUUCACUCUCUAAAGCAGCCGCCUUCGCCAGACAGGGACAGCCAGGAUUAUGCUCCAUCUACACACUAUUACGAUGCAGACCAUGACAAUGGUUGGUACCACGAUGAAGGCCAAACCUCUGAAAGCAUAGCUUACCUGGAGCCUGAACACAGAGGAGGCCGGGACUAUAACCAGAGGGGAAGGAGCCGUGGCGGGAGCCGAGAGAGAUCCUCACCCAGCCCUGACAGAUACAGGAGGGAGGGAAGUCGAGGACUAACUCAGAACACCAGCACCGAACGUCAGCGAUAUGACAGCCGAGGACGAAGCCCUGGAAGCAGAUACAGUAUGGAGGACAAAUAUGAAAGAGGAGAAGGUGGUGGAGGAAAAAGAGGACAGUACAGGAGCAGGGAUCAGCUACAUGACAGUCCUCCAUCCCCUACUUCAAGGGAGUUGGAGCCCCUAGAGAAACCUGUCAAUGUCAUGCUGGUGAAGAACAGACCCAAUGAAGAGUAUGGUUUACGUCUUGGCAGUCAGAUCUUCAUCAAACAGAUGAGUAGCACAGGUCUUGCUGCUAAGGAUGGCAACCUGCAAGAGGGAGACAUCAUACUUAAGAUCAAUGGAACAGUGACGGAAAAUCUUUCUCUGCACGAUGCUGGGAAACUGAUAGAGAAGUCUAAAGGAAAGCUGCAACUCGUGGUUCAAAGAGACCGCCGCCAUAUUCUUGUCCGCAUUCCCCCUCUUGCAGAUUCUGACUCUGAUAAUGAUGACAUAUCAGAGAUGGAAUCGUACCAUUCGUACUCCCCACCAGAGGAACGCAAGUCUCGACAGUCUGACCUGUCGUCCCACUCGUCGAAUGAAAGAGACAACCCAAGGGAAGGACCUAUGAUGGCAAUGGCCAAAAUGUCAGCUAUGGCGUCACCAUUUAAAGUACCUGAAGACCCUCAGGCUUUGGCUGGCCUGGAUAAAGACACAUCAACUCACACCACAGAGCCUCCAGUUUUAACCACACCCAAGAUUCUCCUCCGACCCAGUUCAGAAGAUGAAAAAUUAUAUGGGCCAAACACACUUAUGGUCAAUUUCCAGAAGGGUGACAGUGUGGGCCUGAGGCUGGCAGGGGGAAACGAUGUUGGCAUCUUCAUUGCUGGCGUUCAGGAAGGCAGUCCUGCUGAAGAAGAGGGCCUCCGCGUUGGGGACCAGAUUCUAAAGGUAAAUCAUGUGGAUUUUCAAGGUGUUGUCCGAGAGGAAGCAGUGCUCUUCCUGUUGGAGAUUCCAAAAGGAGAUUUGGUCACCAUUUUGGCUCAAAGCAAACCAGACGUGUAUAAUGACAUCUUGGUGUCAGGACGUGGAGACUCCUUCUUCAUCAGGACACACUUUGACUUUGAAAAAGAGAUUCCUCAGAGUCUGUCUUUUGGCCGGGGGGGCAUCUUCAAGGUGGUGGACACGCUGUACGAUGGCAAGCUUGGCAACUGGCUGGCAGUUCGUGUUGGCAAGGACAAACAGCUGCUAGAGAAGGGAAUUAUUCCCAACAAGAGCAGAGCGGAACAGAUGGCCAGUGUUCAGAGUUCCCAAAAGGUCAUUGGUGGCGAUCGAGCAGAUUUUUGGCGGUUGCGAGGCCAGCGUUCUUUAAAGCGGAAAGACCUGCGGAAGAACUGCGAAUAUGUUGCCUCACAGACUCUGGCCACACGCUUUCCAUCGUAUGAACGUGUGGUCCUUCGAGAGGCUGGUUUCCGGCGUCCUGUGGUGCUGUUUGGUCCCAUAGCUGAUGCUGCCAAUGAAAAACUGGCGUCUGAGAUGCCCAACUUGUUUGUUAUUGCUAAGACGGAACCGAAAGAUGCUGGCUCAGAGAAGUCCUCAGGUGUGGUUCGCCUCAACACUAUUCGGCAAAUUAUUGAGCAGGAUAAACACGCCCUGCUUGAUGUAACGCCCAAAGCAGUGGACACCCUGAACUACACCCAGUGGUAUCCCAUCGUCAUCUUCUUCAAUCCAGACAGCAAGCAUGGCAUCAAGGCCAUGAGACAAAGAAUCAUUCCAAACUCCAACCGUAGCGCCCGCAAGUUAUAUGAGCAAGCCAUCAAGCUGAGGAAAAGCUGUUGUCACUUAUUCACAUCUACCAUAGAGCUCAACUCAGCCAAUGAUGCCUGGUAUGGUAGCGUCAAGGACGCCAUCAGAGAGCAACAAACGCAAGCAGUGUGGGUUUCUGAUGGCAAGUUGGAGGAAGUAGAGAGUGAGCUGGACUGCCAGGAUGCGGAGCGUCUCUCCUUCUUGUCCGCCGACUACCUCAGCAUGGACAGCAGACUGACCUCUGACCUGGACGAUACUGCGGAUGAGACCUACACCGACAAUGAGUUGGACACAGAGACCAUGCACAUCUCUGCCAUCAGCCGCUCAUCGGAGCCAGUCACAGCUGAGCAGAUAUUACGCAGGUACAGCCCAGAGAUCCGCAGUCGUUUGAAAAAAAGCAGCCAGGAAGUUGCCAACAGGUGCAGCCCUCCACCUGUAUUCCUGACGGACAGUAAGGUAAAGCUCUCUCUGAAGGAGGAGUCAAUGCUUUUGUCUGGCUCGGAAGUCCCGCACCAACACCGUCAACAUCAACCCGCACCUCAAAGCUCUGGCCAAAACUACGAUUCCCCUUCCAGCAGUAGUCCUGUUAGCAGCAACAACGACCCUCCUCCACCAAUCCCACGCUCCACUCACUCCUCUUGCCCUCCCCCGCCGCCGCCUCCACCUGCCCUCCUCAACUCCUUUGGAAAACCUCGGACUCUGGUAGCUGCCAAACCUCAUUGGGCGUCCAAGCCUAUCAUCAGGACCAUGGUGGAGAAGGCAGUUCCCUCGGCCGCGCCCAGUGAGACCUGUUGGCAGCGCGAAGAAGCAACACAAGACAGUAAAAUGGAGGAUCCAUCCAUGAAGUCUUUCAUGGGAAAAGUCCAGGCCUUGGAGAAGAUGGAUCACUUUGGCAGAGCCCAUAGGAUGCUCCAACUGCAAGAGGCCCACAAUGCCAGGGUGGAGAUUGCCCAGAAGCAUCCUGACAUCUAUGCUGUCCCCCUGAAGACUGCCAAACUAGAUGACAGUCGCCCACAGCCUAUCGGUUCCAGCUCUUGUGCUGAGCCCCAAAGGUGUCCAUCUCUCCAGGAGGGGAACUCUCUCCACCCCAGCAAGGAGUGGGAAGUGGAAGCCAUGUCAGGGUACCACACCUCCAAGUCCCCGUACGAGGACACAGAACUCAGACUACAUUGCAAAAUGAUUCCACCCAGGAAUGGAGCCAUGUGAAUCCCUUCUGUACUGUACAAAUAUAUAUAGAUAUAUAUUAAUUGAAGGAGGGAAAAAAAGCCAUUGCUGGUCCCAGUGGCUGGUCCCAUUUAGUCUCGUAACUAGAAAGAACAAAUUAUACACUUGGUUUUACACACUGGAAUCUAUGGAAAUGUGCCUUUUACUUUGGUAGUCACAUGAGGUUUUUGCUUGUCUUUCCAACAAACCUCUGCUGCUCUCUGCUACUGCUGCCAGGUGUUAAAGGAAACCAGGGAAUGAGCAGCUGAGUUUACAUGCACAAAAUAUCUCUUAUCUGAUCUCAACCUCUGUUUUCGGAAUCCCACAUCCAUUGUUCAUGUCAGGGGUGUCAAAACUUAUGCCCUUGAGGGUUGCACACUGAAAAAUUCAAGCAUGCGGGGGCCAUUGUGAUAUUUAAUGGGGCUUGAGACUCUUGCAAGUAUGCUAACUGUUCCCAUUAUAAGAAACUAAUUGUGAUUUGAAGCCAACCACCAAGACUGGAUGCUCAUGCACGCCGUUUGGUUCAGCUUAAACUCUGAUGACAUUUCUUUCUGUGCUCACCAUAUUACAGCCAAAUCUUACGUAUGACGUGUUUAUAUGAAAUGUUUUUCAACUGUUCAUUUGUGUCCAUGUAAACAUUUCACCAAAUCCUUAUUACAGUAUUAUUGUUGUUUAUAAUGUCAUCUAUCUAACAGCAGUAAGUAUUAUUACUACAUUAUUAUUACAAUACCUGGUCACAUCAGCAUCCUACGUAGAAGAGUGUUAAUGAUCAAAGAAAAUAACAAAAAUACAACACUGUUAAAUGUCACGAGAAUGCCUGUGCUUUUAGCUCAGUAGUCAAGACACCGGCGAUCUGGGUUCUCUGUGCAGCAGGAAAAAAACAAGGCAGCCGAGAGAGAGAAUACGCAAUCGCUACACAAAGCAGAGCUGUCUGUGAUUGACAGCAGUGAACACCAAACAUUGGUGGCCCCUGAUUAGCUGCAGACCCCUGAUUAGCUGCGGGCCCCUGCGUGAGUCUGUGCAGUAAAUAAUUAUGACCCUGGCUGUCAUGUGCAAAGUCCAUCAUCAGCCAAAUUUAUAAAAUUGAUAUCGUUUAUCGCGUCACCCGAGUCAUGACUAGACAUAGGGCUUAGGAGAGUUUGGAGAUAACCCUUGGUGAAAUACCGAGUCAUGACUAGAGAUAGUGCUAAGGACAGUUUAGAGAUAACACUUGGUGAAAUACCGAGUCAUGACUAGAGAUAGUGCUAAGGAGAGUUUGGAGAUAACACUUGGUGAAAUACCGAGUCAUGACUAGAGAUAGUGCUAAGGACAGUUUAGAGAUAACACUUGGUGAAAUACCGAGUCAUGACUAGAGAUAGUGCUAAGGACAGUUUAAAGAUAACAUUUUUUGAAAUACCGAGUCAUGACUAGAGAUAGUGCUAAGGACAGUUUGAAGAUAACACUUGGUGAAAUACCGAGUCAUGACUAGAGAUAGUGCUAAGGACAGUUUGGAGUUAACACUUUGUAAAAUACCAAGUCAUGACUAGAGAUGUUGCUAAGGAGAGUUUGUAGACAUCUUAUAACACUUGGUCUUCUUGGUGAAAUACAUUGUUUAUAUUUGGAGUAGCUGUUAUUGGAGAACGGAAAUAUUACAGAAGACUUAAGACAAAUUGUUGCUGAUGUUUCCCAACAAGAGUAGCAUAGGAUGGGGAUGUGAUCAGGUCUGAAGAGCAUUUUUUUGUGUUUUUAGUUUCAUUCUUAUUUUAUUUUUACUCCACACACUUUGUCCCGAGAGUGGUACGUGCAACCAAUUGAUUUGAUUUUCAAGUCAACUCAACGCUGUAGACCAUGGGUGUCAAACUGCUGACCCACACUUUGUAGCGCUGUAUUUCACUUCACAGUGGAUUGGAGUUAAUAGUUACAUGUAUUUUGGUAUUAUUGAAGCCCGCUGGACAGGAAGUGCAAUCAUGCUGCAGACACAAAGAGGACAGCACAACAAACACACGUUUAGUGUCCCUUCAGGAAUUCACGACAAUUCACACAAAUUCAACCAAUCCAUGCAAAGGAUGCACGGCCUCCCGCUCACUUUUUUUCCAGUCAGCGUCUUUGUCACCAAUCAGAUUUGUGUCUGAGCAGCACUCAAAUGUCAACCAUCUAAUCCAAAUUUGUUUUUUUUUUUGUGUAGACCAAGCAGGAACAACAACCUGUAACAAUAUAUCAACUUUCACUAAUGUAGCUCAGACUUACUUCCUGUUCCUGUCUACACCGCUAAGCCAUUGGGGUAAUGUCGUAUAUCAACAUUAAAUGUACUUAUAUAUUUACUAUAUUUGUGUGUGUGCGUGCGGGCGGGCGGCGGUGAGCUGAACAUCUCGUGAGUUUGCGCAUCGAGUUUGCUCAUCAUGUCAGUGCAGAGAGGAGACGCCCAAAAUCUGCAGAUUAAAUGUGCAUAGCUGCCACUGCCUUGGUUUAAAGAUGUAAAUACUUAUUCACUGUCAUGUCAAGCUAAUAUAACAUCACUGCAACACCCCAUUGUUCAUGUUAAUUAGAUAUGGUUCAGUAAUAAAUAACGUCACAACCCUCCAUUUUUUUAAAUCAAAUUUGAUACUCUUAACAUUUAUCAACGCACAACAACAUUUAUUAAAAACAACUAAGAAUCAAAAGAAGAAAGGUAAUCUGCCUUUUUAGUCAUAAUUAUUUAUAUUAUUUUUUUUUUUGUUACUUAAAAAACACUGUUGUAGAAAUGGGACCCAUAACCUCCCCGCUUGGCACUCAGCAUCAAGGGUUGGAAUUGGGGGUUAAAUCACCAAAAAUGAUUCCCGGGCGCAACUCCGCUGCUGCCCACUGCUCCCCUUACCUCCCAGGGGGUGAACAAGGGAAUGGGUCAAAUGCAGAGGACAAAUUUCACCACACCUAGUGUGUGUGUGUGACAAUCAUUAUUAUUAUUGUAUCGCUCCUACAGCGACCAUUGCCAUAAAUUAUGCAAAUGAGGCAAUGAUGUCAUCUAGCAACUUUUAGGACAGCCAAUAGCUACUUUCUUUGCUGAGGAGUUGGCAACACUGAUCAAACGGCUGAUCAAACAAAAGAAGUCAUCGUUAUGGAUCCACUAGCUGCGGAAGCUAGCUCUCCAAGCAGCUAAACAGACUCUAUAAUUCCCCUGUGACGUUUAAGUGAAUUUACAAAACUGAAACAACACAAACACAAUGCCGUUUUAAGUUAAUAAUACUAACAUAGACGCUUGUAAAUGUGUUAGCAUAUUAUCUAAUGCUAAUAACGCUAGCUUGAUGACAUUACGAUAGCACCUACAAAUAUGCAUGAAAACAAUCCUACAGACAUCACACUUGGGACGGCCUAGUAAGAAGGAAUUGUUUUAGUUAUAUUGUAACACUAACGCUGCUCGGAAAGAAUCUUUUCAAGUAGGAAGGCUAGGAACGGUUAUACUUCAGGUUCAAGACAUGAAACAGGAAAUACAUUUUUAAACAGUUGUGUAGCACUUUUCAUACAUCUAAAAUGUAGCACUAAGUGCUUCACAUUUAAAAACACCAAAAAAUUGUACUGUAGCUCCCGUUUUCAGCACAAGUUCAAACCGCACCACCCCAACACCACCACCCACACACACUUCUUUCUCUCUAGCACAGACAUAAUCAAAGUCAUGUCAUUACAUAUGUAGCUGAGCACCGAAGAACCUGAAGUGAGCAAACUCGUCCAAAAGAUGGCGCCAUAGCACAAACAAUAACACCUUUUCAGUGUCUCUGUUGUUGUUCUAUGAAAACUAUUAGUUGAAUGCAAAACAUUAUGGCCGCUUGCGAAGAAAAAUCCAUAAAUUAGUCACCCCGUAUUAAAAGCAGAGGGGUUCAAAGUGUGUGGAAAAGUAGUGGCUUAUAGUCCAGAAAAUAUGGUAUUCAACCUUUAAUUAUCCAGGUUUGAGGCAAUUAAGAACAGAUGUUCAUUAGCAAUGCUGACCUAGCAAAGAGGCAGCAUUUACAGUACAUGAUGAUAAUCUGUCAUUGUCUUUCAUUUACCAACAAAAAUGAGAUCGCUCUCAACAGUUACCAGGUGCUCUUAACGUGAAGAUACAUGAAAGUUUAAGAUGGACAAAUACUUUUUAAGUGUAAGGAAAAUGCCUCCAACUUAAUAUGGAAUCCUUUGGUGUUUAUUUUAUUAGUUGUAAUUCAUUAAAGUAGCACAGUAAUUUAAUGAUACGUUGUGCUUAUGUGCUUUUACUGCCAUCUUGUGUUUACUUUUAAGUCUGCGUUGAAUAAAAGGAAGUAUUAGUUUUCUUGGUUUCUGCGCUUUUUGAAGUUAAGAUUAAAAGGAAUGCUUGAUGACAAAUUCAUAAAAUCACGUUGACUUAAAGUUAUCUAAAAACAAACAAAAAGUUUUGCAACUUUUGCAGUGUCUUUCUAAAACAGCUGGCUGUGAACUCGGCCACUUUUGUCCGCGACAAUCAGGAAAAAAGUUUGCGAAAUCCUGGAGGGACCACACAAAGAGCAACUUGAGAGUACCGGGGAACUCAACAGUGUCAACAUAUAUUUUUUUACAAUCCUAGUAAUGAACAUAAUUUAGUCACUAUAUAUGUUUUGGUCACAUGAUUGUCAUUGGGGGCUUCACGGUGGCAGAGGGUUUAGCGCGUCUGCCUCACAAUACGAAGGUCCUGAGUCGUCCUGGGUUCAAUCCCGGGCUCGGGAUCUUUCUGUGUGGAGUUUGCAUGUCCUCCCCGUGAAUGCGUGGGUUCCCUCCGGGUACUCCGGCUUCCUCCCACUUCCAAAGGCAUGCACCUGGGGAUAGGUUGAUUGGCAACACUAAAUUGGCCCUAGUGUGUGAAUGUUGUCUGUCUAUCUGUGUUGGCCCUGUGAUGAGGUGGCGACUUGUCCAGGGUGAACCCCGCCUUCCGCCCGAUUGUAGCUGAGAUAGGCACCGGCGCCCCCCGCGACCCCAAGGGGAAUAAGCGGUAAAAAUGGAUGGAUGGAUGGAUGGAUUGUCAUUGGGACUUAUUACCUCCCAACAGAACCAGUAGAACUGAGUUUGAGACCCGAGGGUAUUGUUAUCAGACCAACAAUGUUACACAACAUUUAUUUUCUAACGUAGCAACUUCAAUGUUGUGCUGGUGUAUUAGGAACAGGUAUUUAAGGAUUGUUCAGCAGGAAUGAGUAUCAGGUCCAAAUUGGUAUUCCAACAUCUUUCUGGGAUGUUACAGGACUGCCCAAAAGUACUAUUACUAAUAAAGAAUACUUUAUUUUACACAUGA